GAAGGGCGGGGCUGAGCCGGCCGGGCUGUGCAGACCUUUCCUUUGUGUCGUCUCUGUGCCCUGCGAACCGCGAGCUCCCACGAAACCUCGGUCUCUUUGCUGGUGCUUGAGCGUCGGGGAGCGGCGGAGGCAGGCUGUCUGCAAACACCCAGCUGGCGAAGGCGGGACUUCCGCAUCCCGUCGGAAGUGACGCGACAGUCGCGGCCGCCGCCAGGUGGAACGGCAGUUCCCCAUUCCCUUGUCGACCUGGACAGUUAGCCGGUCCGCCCCAACUCUCGGAACCAUGUUUGCAGACUUGGAUUAUGACAUCGAGGAGGACAAACUGGGAAUCCCCACUGUGCCGGGGAAAGUGACCCUGCAGAAGGACGCCCAGAACCUGAUUGGGAUCAGCAUUGGGGGUGGGGCCCAGUACUGCCCCUGCCUCUAUAUUGUCCAGGUGUUUGACAACACGCCUGCAGCCUUGGAUGGCACCGUGGCAGCUGGGGAUGAAAUCACUGGGGUCAAUGGCAAGUCCAUCAAAGGCAAAACUAAGGUGGAGGUGGCAAAGAUGAUUCAGGAGGUAAAGGGGGAGGUGACCGUCCACUACAACAAGCUGCAGGCGGACCCCAAGCAGGGCAUGUCCCUGGACAUUGUGUUGAAGAAGGUCAAGCACCGCCUGGUGGAGAACAUGAGUUCCGGGACGGCCGAUGCCCUGGGCCUGAGCCGGGCCAUCCUGUGCAAUGAUGGACUGGUAAAGCGGCUGGAGGAGUUGGAGCGGACUGCUGAGCUGUACAAAGGGAUGACAGAACACACCAAGAGCCUCCUUCGAGCCUUUUAUGAGCUGUCACAGACACACCGGGCCUUUGGGGACGUGUUUUCUGUGAUUGGGGUGCGGGAGCCCCAGCCAGCAGCAAGCGAGGCGUUCGUGAAGUUUGCCGAUGCACACCGCAGCAUUGAGAAGUUUGGCAUUCGCCUGUUGAAAACCAUCAAGCCGAUGCUGACAGACCUGAACACCUAUCUCAACAAAGCCAUCCCUGACACGCGCCUCACUAUCAAAAAGUACCUGGACGUGAAGUUCGAGUACCUGUCUUACUGCCUGAAGGUGAAGGAGAUGGACGACGAGGAAUACAGCUGCAUCGCCCUAGGAGAGCCCCUGUACCGGGUGAGCACAGGCAACUACGAGUACCGCCUGAUCCUGCGCUGCCGCCAGGAGGCUCGUGCCCGCUUCUCCCAGAUGCGCAAGGACGUACUGGAGAAGAUGGAGCUGCUGGACCAGAAGCAUGUCCAGGACAUCGUGUUCCAGCUGCAGCGCUUUGUGUCCACCAUGUCCAAGUACUACAAUGACUGCUACGCGGUGCUGCGUGACGCCGACGUCUUCCCCAUCGAGGUGGACCUGGCACACACCACUUUAGCCUAUGGCCCCAGCCAGGGAGGGUUCAUGGACGGAGAGGAUGACGAUGAGGAGGAGGAGGACACCACAGCUAGGGAGCUGUCCAGGGGUGCUCGUGGGGCCGCAGGGCCCAUGGACAAGGGUGGAAGCUGGUGUGACUCCUGAGCGCCCGUGGACGGACCUGGGGGGUAGGGCAGCUGGAGGACCGCAGAGGGAGCGGGGCAGGGCCACAGCACAACAGUGUGGUGUGGCGCAUAAAGGCCUGCUGGCUUGGGGCGCCUGCCUUCCUGCUCCUCUGUCCUUGCACAGCGAUCCCGGGCCUCAGCCUGGGCCCUGGAUACUGGCCCCAACCUUGCUUCCUACUGAAGGAGAGCUGGGCCUCUGGACCUGCCCUAGGGAGGAGAGGACAGAAAGGAGGACGGGAAAUGGGCAGAGCACAGGACUAUUCCUGUAGGCGCCUGUGUGGUGCCCAGCCUGCCAGGAGUGGGAGCCAGGUGGGCAGCUGAGGCUGGGGCCAGCAUCCAGGCGGCCCCCAGUCUACAUGCACACUUCGGCUGCCUGUAUUUAUUUGUUCCAGGCUUAGCCUCUCUUGGAGAAGGGCUGAGUGCUGGGCCUGUACUGAAUAAACAGAAACCCAGA